CCUUCGGACCCCAACCACCACGCCAGUGAGUUGUCGGGCCCUGGCCCGCGCCGUCGCCUGUCAUAGCGCCCCCAGACACGCCCACCCUUCACGCCAUCAUGCCGUCCGUCGCCCACUCGCCUCAGGGGCGUGUCCCUAUGCGGGCACCAAGCUAGGGCCCGGCACCCGCCCAGCUCUUGCCCUGCGCUAUUGCCCUACGCUAUUGCCCUGCGCUCUUACGCGAACACAUGUUUCAUCUCUGUGACCACUCCAUCCCCGCCAUCAGCACCUGUCAGCACCGACAGAAGGGACAAUGGCCGCGGCAAUUGCCCGCCUGAUUGCGACCGCUGGCCUGCUGCCUGUGCUGGCUGCCUCUGUCGUGGCAUAUGUUGUUGCCCUCACCGUCUACAGGUUGUACUUGCAUCCAUUGGCCAAGUUCCCAGGCCCACGCCUUGCUGCCGUGACGUCGUGGUACGAGGGCUACUACGAGGUGGUCAAGAACGGCCAGUACUCACGCAAGAUCACAAGCCUGCACGACGAGUAUGGCCCAAUUAUCCGCGUGACCCCCAAUGAACUGCACAUCCGUGAUGCGCACUUCUACGAUGAAUUUUAUGCAAAGAACCUCCACCUUGACAAGGAAGGAUGGGACGUCCGCUUCGGCACAGAGGGCGGUGUCCUGACCACUGUGAACGCCGCGUUCCACAAGCGCCGUCGCGCCGCACUGAGUCCAAUGUUCUCGCGCCGGUCUAUCCUGGACUUCAUCCACAUCAUCUACCGCCACAUCGACACCUUCUCGAUCCGGAUACAGGAGUUUGAGGCUAGGAAGGAGCCAUUCAACCUGACUCAUGCAUUCCCAGCACUGACAGGCGACAUCAUCAUGGACUAUUUCUUCGGCUUCAACUACGCCCAGCUCAAGCACCCAGAGUUCGAGUCUUUCCAUGAUGCAUUCCAGAAGAUUGGUGGAGCUGGCCACGUUGCUACUCAAUUCCCGUUGAUGAUCCCGUUGAUGAAUUCCAUCCCAGAUGCCAUAACCGAAUGGCUGCAGCCCGCCGCAAAGAACAUUCUCAAGUUCAAGCGCGACCAGUGGUCCAACAUCGGCCGCACCAUGGCUGGCGAGGACGUGAAAACCAAUGACGCAAAGAAAACAAUCUUCCAGGAAAUCCUCUCCUCCAAGCUCCCAGAUGAAGACAAGACGCAGAAGCGCCUCGCAGAAGAAGCCCAAAUCGUUGUUGGCGGCGGCGUCGAAACCACCGCCUUCGCCCUCUGCAUCGCAACCUUCCACAUCAUCAACACGCCCCGCAUCUACGAACGCCUGCACGCCGACCUCGUCGCCGCCUUCCCCAACCGCUCGACCCUGGAACUCUACCCGCUGGAGCAGAUGCCGUACCUGAAGGCCUGCAUCACCGAAGCCGUGCGCCUCUCCUACGGCCUCAGCGCCCGCAACCCGCGCACCCGCCGUACCACCCCGCUGCAAUACGGCUCCUGGACCAUCCCCCCCAACACCAACGUCAGCAUGACCAUCCCCGAGGUCUCGCACGACGAAUCCAUCUUCCCGGACAGCUACGCGUACAUUCCCGAGCGCUGGCUCGAUAACCCCACCGCGCCUGACGGCCAGCCGUUGGAGCGCUACUUGGUGUGUUUCGGCCGUGGAACGCGCAGCUGUCUCGGCGUCAACCUGGCCUGGACCGAGCUGUACUUGAUUCUGGGUAUGCUGUUCCGCCGCUACAAGUUUGAGCUGCACGAGCCGAGUCUCGAGGACGUGCAGGUUGGGCACGAUUUCUUCAUCCCUGUGACUAAGUUGGAUGCCAAGGGCGUGCGGGUGUUUGUGGAGAGUGUGGACCAUUGAGUGUGGAGCCUGAAGACCUACCGAAGAGAACAGUAAGUUUAAUCGUAGUCGUCAUAAUAGCAAAUGUUGCAGCCUCAAUUCUGCC